AUGAACUUCUACACAAUCGCCAUUUUUGCUAUUCUCGCCGUUGUUGCUCUGUAAGUUUAUUUUCAUAUUUUUUAUAGUAAAUUAUUUUCAUGAUUUUAUUUUAUAAAUAAUUUUUUCUAGUGCCAUGCCACAAAGAGUCAUCGAAAAGACCACAAUCAUCCGAAACGGACCAGGAUUCGGAGGACACGGAGGUUUCAAUAACGGACCAGGAAGAUUCGGUGGACCAGGACAAUUCAACAAUGGUUUCAAUGGUGGAUUCAACAAUGGUUUCAACAGAGGACCAGGAGGAAACUUUGGAGGACCAGGAUUCGGAGGACGUGGAGGACCAACCACUGUUAUCAGAGAGACUGUUAUCCGCCCUGGAUAA